CGAUUCUGUUUGACGCUGAACAAUUCCCUACUUGUUGAGCCAAACAGUACACUAUGAGCAAUAAUAGGACCGGCCCACUCAGUUUAAACGAUUUAGUUGCAUUGCUGAACAGCGGAUCUCCAAUCGAUGGCUUGGCAAACAUAUUGAGAGGAUCUGCGCCGACUUCUCCGUACGCGGCUACGGCGCCACCGAUCGCCAGAGCUAUGGCCGAUGCCACCAUUGGCACCUCUCCCGUCAGCCGGCUGUGGCAUCAGCUUACCAAUCUUAAUAAUAUUUCCACUACUGCUAGCCAUGGAGGGGGUCUGAAUGCUGAAGAGGCUCUGCGGAUACUGCUGGGGGUUCAAGGGCAAACGCCGAUGCAGUGUCCAAAUCUGGAAACGGGGGCGCCUGCAUUGCAACAGCAAUACGCGCAUCUCCCAGCUGUACACACUGUUCCUCCUUCCGACUCUAAUCUCAGCGCACAAAAGCUGAUAGACCUUUUGAUUCGACAACAGCUUCUCACUCAGACACAUCAAACAACCGCGCCUAUCGGUGCUGGCAACGUGGGGGUCCAGGCUCCGUUCGCCGUUGCGCCAUACGCCCCUCCACCGCAGCAGUUAAACCCAGACCAAGCCGCGGUGAUCGCCCAGCUAUUACGCAACAACCAUCAGUCUGCGGCACCGCAACUGCCAGAAGUACCGCAGGCUUUCUUGGAAGCGCGGAAACCCCCGGCAGUGGGUAAUCUUCCACAUUGGCGAGUAGCGACACACGAGGCCGUACUCAACCAGAAUACAGCCCCCCUUACCACUGAUCUACGGCUUGCAACCAAAGAAGUCAAACGUCGUAGUGGUCGUAGUGGAAGCUUUCCGCAAAAGCUACACCAGAUGCUGACAGACCUGGAGCAGCAAGGCAGUGACGUAGCCUCUUUUUCUUCUCAUGGGCGCUCCUUUUCGAUACACAAGCCAAAGGAAUUCGUUCGCGAUGUUAUGCCCAAGUACUGUCGGAUGAGUCGAUACACCAGCUUUCAGCGCCAGCUUGCCCUGUACAACAUUCGUCGCAUCACAGAAGGACCCAACAAGGGGUCCUAUUGUCACGAACUUUUCGUUCGAGGUCGGCCGAUUCUUGCGACAAUGAUCAAUCGAAACAAAAGCAAAGCCAGUAAGAAGGUCCAAGUCAGCUCUGAGUCUGGCAAUACUGAAACCCAAGAAGAAAAUGACGAGGAAGCCAGUCUGACUAGUAUGAACGAAAAUGGCCAGGACGGUGAAAUGUAG